AUGACUGCGUGGAUGUAAUUUCUUAUGCCGGAGUUGUACAUUAUUAAUAUUUUUCUUUCCUCGUUACUAGUUUAGGGGUUUAAAGACAGUCAUCUCAUUCAAAAAAGAGGAAUUGUGAGAGUGAAAACCAAAAUGGGGAAAUCGUCAGCAACCAAAGAUGCUGAAGCACUUGUCAACUCUCUCCGUUCAGCUUACACUGCAACUCCCACUAAUCUCAAGAUUAUUGAUGUAUAUGUCCUGUUUGCAAUCUUCACUGCCGUAAUUCAGGUGUACAUGGCUAUUGUUGGGUCCUUCCCAUUCAACUCUUUUCUCUCUGGGGUACUCUCUUGCAUAGGCACAGCAGUUCUUGCUGUUUGUCUCCGAAUCCAAGUAAACAAAGAAAACAAGGAAUUCAAGGAUUUACCUCCAGAACGUGCUUAUGCAGACUUUGUUCUCUGCAACUUAGUGCUCCAUUUGGUGAUCAUGAAUUUCCUUGGAUAAAUUGACGUUCCUAAUCUCGAGAGAAUGUUGCUUUUCCAAAAUUUUCUUGUAAGGAUACUGAGGCAAUGAAUCAGGAUUUAUUAGCACUUUAGCAAUGUGAAAGUUUUUUGUCUGCCCUUUUCGAUCUUUCAUUUAUGAAUCUGAUAAUUUGUCAAUCAGAAAUACGUACUUUGGAUAGUCGAUACACAAAUUUUACUUGGUUUGAGUCAGUUUGUUCUCUUUGA